CACUUCAAAUCAAAACCAUACUUUAAGAAAAAAUAGAAAGAGAGAAAAACAAAAUUUAUAUAUAUGGAGAAGUUUUAUCUCUCUCUUGUCCUCUUGUUUGUCUCUCUUGUAACUCUCUCCCUCUUUAUUCUUUUUUAUAGGCAUGCAUCCCCGUUCACCGCCCCUAACCUUCCACCGGGAAGAAUAGGGUAUCCUGUGAUCGGAGAAAGCCUAGCCUACAUAUCUUCAGGACAAAAAGGACAUCCAGAAACAUUCAUGUUCGAACGCAUAACCAAAACCUCUUCUCAGAUUUUCAAAACAUUACUCUUUUUACAACCUACAAUUAUGUUUUGUGGAUCCGAAUGUAACAAAUUCCUUUUUUCUAACGAAAAUAAACUUUUGAAGGCGUGGUGGCCGGAAACUGUCAACAUGGUAUUCCCAUCUUCACUUGAUUCGAAUUCGAAUUCAGAAUCUAUGAAGAUGAGACGCAUGCUUCCUCAGUUUCUAGGAGCUAAAAUUCUUCAAUGUUAUGUUGGUGUUAUGGAUACCAUUGCCCAAACACACUUUGCUUCUCAUUGGGAGAACAAGUCACAAGUCACCGUAUCACCCUUAGCCAAGAGGUAUACCUUUUGGUUAGCUUGUCGCUUGCUCAUGAGCAUAGAUGAUCCAAACAAAGUAUCAAAACUGGAGAAACCAUUUGAUAUGAUUGGAAAAGGAGUUCUUUCAAUGCCAAUUAACUUUCCAGGAACACUAUUCAACAAAGCAAUAAAAGCAUCCAUUUUCAUUAGGGAGGAGUUAUUGAAGAUCAUCAAGGAGAGAAAAGUGGAAUUAGGUGAUGGAAAAGCUUCACCAACCCAAGACAUAUUGUCUCACAUGUUGUUGGCACAUGAUGAGGAUGGACAAUAUCUUAGUGAACAUAGUAUUGCUGACAAGAUUCUAGGUUUGUUGAUUGGUGCUUAUGAUACUGCUAGUUCUACAUGUACUUUCAUUGUCAAAUUCUUAGCUGAGCUCCCUCAUGUUUAUCAACAAGUCUAUCAAGAGCAAAUGGAAAUUGUGAAAUCCAAAAGUCCGGGAGAGAAGUUAAAUAAGCAUGAUAUUGAGAAGAUGAAAUAUUCUUGGAAGGUAGCUUGUGAAGUAAUGAGACUUGUCCCUCCACUUCAAGGAGCUUUUAGAGAAGUGACUACUGAUUUUAUUUUUAAUGGAUUCUCAAUACCAAAAGGAUGGAAGUUGCAUUGGAGUGCAUAUUCAACACAUCUGGACCCAAAGUAUUUUAUGGAACCAGAGAAAUUUGACCCACAUAGAUUUGAUGGAAAUGGACCAGCUCCAUACACAUAUGUUCCAUUUGGAGGUGGACCAAGGAUGUGUCCGGGAAAAGAGUAUGCAAGAAUGGAAAUACUUGUUUUCAUGCAUAAUUUAGUGAAGAGGUUCAAAUGGAAAAUGUUGAUUCCUAAUGAGAAGACUGUGGUUAAUCCUCUUCCAUUUCCUGCAAAAGGCCUUCCAGUUCAACUUUAUCCUCAUUGAUUGAUGUAUCAAUAAUAGUGUGAGAAGCCAGUACUCUAUUUUAUGUAUUAAUCCUUGUAAUCUUAGGUUUGGUGUGUAUAUGGGAAUUUAAAAUAAAAUCAUAUUGUAAACUUGUUGUAUGUAAAACAAUUUACACGUAUUUAUGGAACUUUUUAUAUUAGUUUGUUUU